CAUAUUUAGUGGCUUUCCGUUAUCUUUGAAACGAUACCGAUAUCAGCAUUUUUGCAUGUUGUGUGUUGUUACAGGCGAUGUCACUAGCUGUCUUCAGCGUCAAUUCAGCGUAAUUUGCCAGCUCCUUCAGAUACAGUGGUCUAUUUCAUAUAUUCUUUUUAUUUUUUUUGAUCGAUUAACUUGUGAAAGGUGUUAUAAUGAACGUAUAGAUAUGAUACGUGGCAGUUUUCAAUAUUUAACAUAGACCCAUUAACUUGUUUCCCUUUCGGCAUCAGUCUCAGUUACAACGCAGGGAAACUUGCUCUGGUCCUCCGCUGCUUUAUAACUCCGUAAUGUUAAGACAAAAAUUAAGAUGCCAAUGGCGACGUCAUGUACAUUUUGCAAAACGGAUAAGCAUGGAUUUCCUUUAAGAUGCUGGAUACACUUAAACCUUUCAUUUAAAUGUUGUUUUUAAUGUUCUCAAACGUUUCGAUGACUAAACAUAUUGUGCGUGAAAGUAUGUCGAAAAAGAAUAAAGUAUAAAAUCGAAUCGGUGAGGAGGAGGUGGUGGCAGGACUGGGGGGCACCGGGGUAGGGGGUAACAGAUGACCACGCGCCCAGACUGGGUAUUGUUCCAACGCCUCGAGGAUAACCGCGCGCCUGCCUGCUGCUGCCUCCCUGUCGUGGACUGAAACUUCGGAGCUCUCCUGCUCUUAUUCUUUUAUUCAAAUGCCCAUCUUUUCGCCUGCACCACAUGCCACUAUUGACCUUUUAUGCUUCCUUAUUAUUUUACUUUUCCACCAUCGCCUUCUCGGCAAUACAUGCAUGUCGCACAGCCAUUACUGAAACACGAAGGAUUGUACACAUUUUUGUUUUAAAAAAAGCUUCAUAAAUUCGUAAAGUUCUAUUAACAUUCACCAAACAAAAUCGUUAUAUUUCAAAACAUAAUUAAUUAUCGGUAAUUGCUCAAAAUACUGCCGUUCACGUCAUACCUUAAACAAUAUACUACAAGGAAUUACGAAACCAUAGUUUUCUUCUUUGUUCACAUGUUUUAUUGAUCUAAUGAAAUGUAUUACCUGACACUUUUGCUAUACUUCAAGAACAACCGUCGGUGGUCGCGGUGUAUCCCCUCCCUUAUUUUCUCCCCCUCCCCUACAGUGUCAUGUAUUGGUCCCAUCCUACGCAGUUUUCUCUUAUUUCUCUUGUCUACUUCUUCUCGGGAACAACGAUCUAACUUUCGCAACAACGAUAGAUUCAUCGUCUUGCCGAUUCAUAGUCAGAGGGAAUAUUACCCACUAACACUGUUUUUUUCAUGUCACGGGGAGACAGACGCUUACUGAAAUGGAAAUACUACUUAAAUGCCGGUGGGAAUACUUCCUGAUUUUGGCCAAUGCGUUCAUGUCACCUGCGUUCAUGGUGCUGUGUAACGACAUACUCGGCCUGAAGGUGGCAGGAGACCCGGUGCUGACGCCCAACACGGUGUGUCUGCGCCUGGCCGGCCUGACCAAGCGGCAGAUACGGCUGUGUGUGCGUAGCCCGGACGUGACGGCCUCGGCACUCCAGGGCAUCCAGGUUGCUCUCCACGAGUGUCAGCAUCAGCUCCAUGACCAGCGGUGGAACUGCUCCUCACUGGAGAGCCAUGGGAGGAUGCCCCACCAGAGCGCCAUCCUCAACAGGGGCUUCCGUGAGAGCGCCUUCACACUGUCGCUGCUGGCGGCGGGCGUGGCUCAUUCCGUGGCGUCGGCCUGCAGCCUGGGGAAGCUGCGAGGGUGUGGAUGCGAAGCCAAGCGCCGCCUGGACGACGACAAAAUACGGCUGAAGCUGACGCAGCUGCAGCUGCAGACGCUGAGGGGGGCGUACGGACCGCCCUCCUCGCCCGCCCAGCUGGGGUCCCAACGCUCGGAGCUCUUGCCCAAUCCCGCGCACCCCAUAGCCCUUCUCGACCCUCUCCCAGAUGACAUCUCCCCCAUGCAGGACACCUGGGAGUGGGGGGGCUGCAGCCAUGACGUCCGAUUCGGCGAGCGCUUCUCCCGUGACUGGCUGGACUCCCGGGAAUCCCCACGUGACAUUCCCGCUCGCAUGCGGAUGCACAAUAACCGGGUGGGUCGACAGGUAGUAACGGACAACAUGAAGAGGAAGUGCAAGUGCCAUGGGACGUCGGGCAGCUGCCAGUUCAAGACCUGCUGGUACGUGUCUCCAGAAUUUCGCCUGGUGGGGGCGCUGCUCCGCGACAAGUUCCUCUCGGCCAUCUUCAUAAACUCGCAGAACAAGAACAACGGUGUGUUCAACCCCCGUAGCUGGGGGGGAGGCAGAACGGGAGCAGAAAGGGGACGCCGACGGCCAGUCUCCCGGGAGCUGGUCUACUUCGAGAAGUCGCCCGACUUCUGUGAGCGAGAGCCGGCGCUGGACUCUCUGGGCACUCAGGGGCGCAUCUGCAACAAGAGCAGCCCCGGAAUGGACAGCUGUAGCUCGCUGUGCUGUGGGCGUGGCCACAACAUCCUGAGGCAGACGCGCAGUGAGCGCUGCCACUGCCGUUUCCACUGGUGCUGCUACGUGCUAUGCGAGGAGUGCCGCGUCACCGAGUGGGUCAACGUGUGUAAAUGAGCAUGCCGCUGUCCCCCCCCCCCCCACACUGCGGCGCAUGCUCUGUCCUCUGCUGGCCACCAGAGAAAUACCCCCCCUACACACAGAGCCUCCCUUCCUUACAUUAUCUGCUUAUCCACUUUUCUUCUGGUCUUAUCCUGUCAUCUGGGAUCCAUUUUAUUUUUGUUGCUGUUGUUACUCACAAGAUUCCAAGUCUGAGACUGAGAAUGAGGUGACUUAAGACAUUUAUCUUUCCUCCCCAUUUGGAUCUUCCUCUCGCCAGUUGAACAUGACCCGGUCUGAACAUACUUUCUUCUUCUGAAAAAUGAAAACAGAGAUCGAAGCAGGAACUGGAUGAAAAAGUAAAAAAAAAAAAAAAAAAAGUCGAUACGAUGUCAGUGUACAUUAUGAAAUGGUUUUUUAUAAACGUUUUUGUUUUGCUUUGUUCAUUUCUGUUUGGGCAUUGCUGUUGUAUUUAAUGAGGGGGGGUGACUCUUUUAAGACUUUUAUGCUACGAGUAGGUGGAGCUAGUUAAGGUUUUAAAGGGCUUUUGCUUUGGAUCUGUGAAGAGAGGUGGAGUGAGACAGUAGGGUGUUGAGGUCAACGGUGGACAUUAAGAGUGAAUUGUUUCUGAACCUCUUCUGGGCUUCCUGGACUUGGGCUUCAGCUUGCAGUGGAUUUGUUCGCAGCUGAGAGAGACCUGCUCACUGCUGUACAGACUCAGGAUGGCUCUGUGUCCUUGCAGUGAGACUGAGGCCCCUGGGGGCAACAGCGCAUUAGUGGCCCGGCAGCCAUGAUAGCCGAAAGGCCAUUUUCUGCAUAUUUAAUUAGAAACCAGGAGAUUUGUAGCACAGCACCUACUACGGAAAGAUAACCCAGAAUAAACAAUUCAAAAGUCCUCGACAUUUCCACAAGUCCGUUUGCAGGCCGUGAGCUGUUGACACGAGAUGCGACAUCUUUGUGUUUGAGCGUGCAUCGUUCUCAGCCACGGGGAACCGUUCACUGCAUGCUGCCAAGCCCUCCUGUCCCUGCUUGCUCAGCUGCCAUGGAGACAGACUUGACCACUGUCUGAUUUACACGCCUCCUUAGCAGGAGCUGCUGGAUAGCUGUGCGUCGCCCGGACCCACAACCCCAGGAUUACACCUUCCUCAGUGACAGUGGUCGACUCCCGCUUUUGGGUAAAUGCGGCUCCUCUUCCAAAUCAAACCAGACCUGAGGCACUUGAACAAAUGGGGCGGGGGUGUGGGGGAGGAAGGUGACUGAAAAAGACAAAUGACAAAGGUGAGCAUCGCAGAAAGGUGUGGACUAAAGAUUCAGUCAGCAUUUCGUCAUUCCUCUAUUAUUUCACUCCGCUGUUCCCCAGAGCCGCCGUGAGUGGGAAUUUCCUGUCGUUGUUUCUCCCAUCUGUGACACAGGGAGAGGGGAAGGCCUCUUCGGCUCUCACUCCCUCUCUCCCCCUCUCUGUCACUGCAGCCCCUGACAAAAACACGGCAACACACUUUGCUCCCAGAAUAAUGAGAACCAGACAUGGCCCAUACAGUGAAAGAAGAAGGCGAGGAAAGACAGGGGAGGAAGCGAGAUAGAAACCGAUGCCAUGCCCGGCCUGAAACAGCGAAGAUUAAUAAUGAGUUCAUUUAGGUAUGUAGAGGAGCAGAACAGACACAGACACACAAACACGCACUUUCAGAUACAUUGUGCCACCGGCUAAGAGUGAGAGGCAGUUACCGUCCCUUUUCUAUGUAAAAAAAAACACGUUACAUAAAUUUUUCAUUCUUUAGAUAUUCUUAAGACACUUUCCCCCACAUGUGCAAGGAACAGGCCAGCUUAUGAUUGGGGAUCCGCGCAUUUCCGCAGCAGCACAAAGGCCACGCGCUCCUCUAACAUCUGGUAACAAGCAGCCGUUUUGAGCGGUAGGUGACGACAGAGAAACAAACAAGAUGCAGCAAAAUCCAUCUUGGUAAAUAGAGGGAGACAUAUGCUCAGAGACCCACCCUUCUCUGCCCUCUGAUUUUAGAGGGACUCGGUGUGGGAAGGCGGUUAGCAGAUGCUAGAAUCCAGCUACCCAGAACAUCAAAGCCCCCCCCCCCCCCCCAAUGGGCAAGUCCUCAUUAGUUCUGCAAGCGUAGCUGAAGAGACUUGUGUUGGUGUAUUUGGAGGGCCACGCGUUGGCAAACACUUCAGAGGAAAGGUUUCUUUCAAUUACACCGUCCCCCUCCAAUGGGUCUACUACCACUGCAGCUCACUGUGACCCCCCCCAUAACCCCCACUAACUACCAGUACACACACACUGCACAGCCCUCUACUCGCCACUUCACCCUAUAAUCUGGCCUGCAGCUGCACACAUGAAGGCUGUUUCGUGCAGCUUCUUCUUCAGCCACUGGCUGAAGCAAGCAUCGGCUGCAGCGCCAGUGGUGAACAGCAAUGCGUGUGCACUGCCAGUGAAGGACACUGGAGUCUCAACAUUUCAUUAUGUCUGUUAACAUGUUGUUUAAACACUUAACGUAUCAACGAAUAUGACCUAGCCAGUACCCAAGGGCUCUGAUGCUGCCCUGUAUUAAUACAGAUUUAUCAGCAGAGAACGAAUGCAAGUGUCUGGGUUAUUUGCCAGCGCUGGUUUUGGGCCUUGCAUAAGCUUUCAUUAACUAUGAGUGAUUUGUUGCACAAAAGAAGUCAUUUUACAAAAUACUUUAGCUGAUGUCCUGAUUAUCAUUUGUGAGGCAGAACUUAAUAGUCAACGGUUAUGACCAAGGAACCGUGGAUUAAAUAAUCACCACUUUAUUUAACGUAAAAGCAAAAGUCAAAGUAUUUAUAAUCUUUAGAAUAUUUUGAUUUUUUUUGUUACAGUUUUUACUGUUACAUAAAGAUUAUCUUUAAAAAAAAACAAUUUAAUUUAGCAUGACCGAAGUUUUCAUUUGAUUUUAAUUAUGGCAUAAAUCAACAGCUCAAUCAAGAUUAAUUAUUGAAGAACUUGGCUGGAGCAAAAAAAUACAGUGUUUCGCGAAUACUGCAAUAACUGCAUCGUACUGCAAUGUGUAACACUGCACUUUUGCAAAGGCGGUAAUACAUAAGUACAACUAAUUAGACAACCUACCAUUUGCUUAGUUUUUACUGGUUAGAUGAAACUAAAUAAAUUACAAAGAUCUUUUAAAGUCUUGUUCUAUAAAUUCUUUGUACUUUGUGUAGCCUUUAAGACUAUUGUUCGUGCAUCAAAACAUUACGUAUUUUAGAUCAAAAUAAUAUAUGAAAUUAAAAUAUCAUUUCCUUUUCCGUUGUUUAGCAACGCUUUGUCUAUAUUUAGUAGCAUGUACAGGAUCGUUCCUCUUCGUGGUCUUUUUCGGGCGGCCUACCUCUCGUAUUUAGCCGUAAGUCACUUGAAUUCAUCUCAAGCUAACGUACAUUAUUUGUAUUAAAAUGACACUAUUUCAAAA